AUGACAAGUCCUUCUUCAGGUGAAACAAUCUUGAGGAAAAUACGAAUUGAAUUAACAAAAGCAAUGAAUUUAUUUUCUGUUAAUAACACACCAGGAGAAGCUUUUUUUACAUUUCUUAUAAAUAAGAAAGAGAAAAGAGUAAAAGUUAAUAGAAAUACUGUUAAUAUUUAUCCUAAACCACCGUCAAAUACAAUUGAAUUUACUGGGAUUGAUACUAAUUCUAAUGUUAUUGAUAUUGAAUUUCAUAAUAAAGAAAGAAAUAAACCAAAUAAAAUAUAUACUGGACAAAUACUUUUAAACAGUUUAUUACCAUAUGAUACUCAUCACUGUAUUGAACUUGUUUUAGAUCCAUUUAAUAAAGACAAUCAAACAUCAACAUCAAAUGACUGUAAAGAAGAUGUUAUUAGUGAAAAAUUAAAAUAUAAAGAUGGUAUUAUUCCUACUAUUACACUUUCAUGUUACUUAUUCCAAGACAGAGAAAAAGAAGAUGAAAAAGUAUUAUCAAAAGAUCAAACUCCUUUAAUUUCUGCAGUUCAAAAGAAUAGUUUAUUUCUUGUGAUUUAUUGUUUAGAACAUUUUAAAGCUUCAAUAAAUCAAAAAGAUGAUCUUGGGAAUACAGCUCUUCAUACAGCCGCCAUAGAAUAUAAUAACGAACAUAUUAUACUGACAUUAUUAAAUAAUAGUCAUGUUGAUGUAACUAUAAAAAAUUUAGAUGAAAAUACUCCUCUUCAUUUCUUUUGUUCAUAUUUUAGAAAUCCAAAUUGCAGUGAAGCUUUUAAUAUGUUCUUGAAACGUGGAGCAGAUGUUAAUGCAUUAAAUAGACUUCACGAAACACCUCUUCACAGAGCAAUUCAAAAUCCAUCAAUUCGUAUGUUACUUGUUGAAUUACUUCUUAGAAAUGGAGCAUUAGUAAAUUUUCAAACAGAAGGAGGACAAACAGCAUUACACUGGGCAGUUUAUAUGCAAAGAGUAGAUUUAUUAUCAAUUUUAUUACUUUAUGGAGCGGAUAUUAACAUACCAAAUAAACAAGGAGAAACACCACUAUCUAUUUGUGAAAAUAAAUAUAAAGGAACAGCAUUUGCAAGAACAUUUAUUUAUAUAUUAGAACUUAUUAAAUACCUUGAAAAUAUUGGUGCAGAUCCAAUUUCAAUUAAACUUCUUGUUAAGAAUAAAAUGUUUAAAUGGACAUUAGCAAAAGUUUCACCAAGAAUUUUAUUUCAAAUGGGAAUUACUGAAAAUGAAGAACAAAUGAAAUUAGUUAGAAACUUUAAAUUAAUAAAAGAUAUUGAUCCUGAAAAGGCUAUUAAAGAAAUGCCUUCAAAAAGAACUUUGUUUGAAGGAGAAAUACCAGAAAAAGGAUGGAUUAGAAAAAAAGAAACAUGUGAAUAUACUGGAGAAGUUAGAAAAGUUGAAUUUGGAACAAUACUUACUGCAAUAUUAGAAGAAAACAAUUCAAAUACAGUUGUUAUUAGAACAUUUGAAGGAUCUAAUACAAACGUUAAAUUAUUUAAUGAAAAUUCAAAAAUAUUAAUAACAUUAAAACAAUGUAAUGGAUUAAUGAAAUAUUUUGGUGUUCUUGAAGAAGAAAAAGCAUUAAUAAUGGAAUACUGUGAUAAUGGAAGUUUAAUGGAUCUUCUUCAAAGACAAACUAUUGGAUGGAAAUUAGUAUUUGAUUUAGCAAUUCAAAUUAUUGAUGCAAUAAGUUUUUUACAUAAACAAGGAAUUUUACAUAGAAUUCUUAAAGAUUCUAAUAUUCUUAUUGUAAAGAAAAAAAUUGAUGAUAAUAAUGAAUAUGAUGAUGUUUAUACUAUUAAAUUAAGUAAUUUCGCUUUAUUUGAAUUAGGAAUUGAAUCAGAAAAAAUUAAAAAAAUGAAUGGUUUAUGUGCUGCUCCUGAAAUUAUUUCAAAUGAAUUAUUUUCAGAUAAAUCUGAUAUAUAUUCUUUUGGUAUUAUUUUAUGGCAAUUAGUUUAUAAAUGUAUUUAUAAUGUUUAUUCAAAACCUUUCGAAGAAUAUAUUAUUCAAAAUUUAAAAGAACCUCAAAUUAUGAAUCAGAUAGUUUCUUCUAAUCUUCGUCCUGUUAUUCCUCCUCCAACCCCUCCUCGUUUAGCUACUUUAUUACGUUUAUGUGUUUUAAAAGAACCUGAAACUCGUCCUACUUUAAAUGAAAUUGAAUCUACUCUUGUUGCUUGUGAAAAAGAAUACAAUAAUAAUAGUUCAUUAUGGGAUGCAUCUAUUGAAGUAAAAUCUAAUUAA